CCUCCUGGUCCUGAAAUUAGGCAGUACAGAUUUUAUUCGCGCCCCCCCACCCCACCCCGGGCCAGGGCAGGAAGUGUUAUGCGUCUGAAUAAUGCAUGUAUUAAUGAGUAUGUUUUUUUGAACGACUUCACCUUGUUCUGAUCAGGAUCCAGUCACAGAUUCCACGUGCUUUGAUGUGAAGGUGAACGAGAGCACGUUUUAAAAAUGUGGAAAAUGAAGUCCUUUAAUCCCAAACUGUCUCUUUAUCAACAGGUUGUGCCAAUGGUGUCGCUAGGUGGACCGACACGGAGCUGUCCUGCAGGCAGAGGCUCUGCUCUCUGUCCCCCACCCCUUCUUUCUGCCGGACUGAGCUGUCUGGCCGCCACGUGCUUACUCUGACCAGGGAGAUGACAGUCUAUCUGCAAUUACCUUUGACUCUGACUUUGAGACGAAAACAAAAAGGAAAAGUUUCCACAAACCUCCACCCACAUCACCGAAGUCACCUUAUCACCCUAAGCCGAGAAAAGUGGCAUCUUGGAGAUCUUUGAGGACAGCAGCAAGCAUGCCUCUUGGUAACAGAAUGUCCUUAACCCCACAGAGACUGUGGCUGGGAAGCUCAAAGCCAGGAAGUCUGACCCAGCCCCUGAAGUCAGACGUGACCUUGGAGCAUGCAUGGACCACCCCCCCCAGCAGCACACCCGACUAUGUGACAGAAGCUUUGAGAAUGAAGAGGUCAGAUCUCAGGCGUUCUGCCAGCAAUGGUCACGUUCCCGGGACCCCGGUCUACAGAGAGAAGGAAGACAUGUACGACGAGAUCAUUGAGCUGAAGAAGUCACUGCACAUGCAGAAAAGUGAUGUGGAUCUCAUGAGAACAAAGCUUCGGCGCCUAGAAGAGGAAAAUAGCAGAAAGGACCGGCAGAUAGAGCAGCUUUUGGACCCCUCCCGAGGCCCCGAUUUUGUUCGGACUCUGGCAGAGAAAAGGCCUGAUACUGGCUGGGUCGUUAAUGGGCUAAAGCAGAGGAUUCUCAAGCUGGAGCAGCAGUGCAAGGAGAAGGACAACACGAUCAACAAGCUGCAGACUGAUAUGAAGACCACUAAUUUGGAAGAGAUGAGGAUUGCCAUGGAGACUUACUAUGAGGAGAUCCACCGUCUCCAGACUCUCUUGGCAAGCUCCGAAACCAUAGGAAAGAAGCCUCCCGGGGAGAAGAAAAUGGGCCUCAAAAGGCAGAAAAAAGUGAGCAGCGCCCUCCUGAGCUUGUCCCGGAGCGUCCAGGAGCUCACCGAAGAGAACCAGAGCCUGAAGGAAGAUCUGGACCGCGUGCUGAGCAACUCCCCCACCGUCUCCACCGCGAAGGGUUAUGUGGAAUGGAGUAAGCCCCGGCUGCUGAGACGGAUUGCAGAGCUGGAAAAAAAAGUAAGUUCGAUGGAAAGCCCCAAGUCCCACACUUCCGAAGUGGUCAACUCAAAUGCCGUGGUGCCCUCUGCGUCCAGCUCUGCUGUGCCCAGGCAGCCUCGAGGUGACCGGCAGGAGGACAGCGAGCAUCUCCGGGGGGUCAUGCGGAGCCUGAAAGGCGAGCGCAACGCCCUACAGACGCAGCUGCAGGAGAAAGAGUUGGAGGUGAAGCAGCUGCUGCAGACCAACGCCGAGCUGCGGAAGGAGCUGGAAGGUGUGAAGGAAGGUGAAGAGGAGAGACGAGGGAGAGAGGAGGCUCUGAGAGAGGAAAUUCAAACACUUACGAAGAAGUGUCAAGAACUGGAAGAAAUCAGGAGAGAAGAGAGAAACAACCCCAUGGAGAGGAGUCCCAAGACCCCAGAAGAACCCCGACCUUCCCUUCCCACCAGCAGGCCCUCUCAGCAGGACUGGGAGCCAGAUACAAGCGAGGAGGGCUCCCAGCCCCCCUCCAGCUGCUCCGAGGGGCGAAGAGACACGGCAGCCAGGAUCCUGCAGACCCGGUGGAAGGUGUACCGACGCCAGAAAAAAAAGGCUGUUCUGACUGAGGCGGCUACGGUGCUCCAGUCAGCUUUCAGGGGACACCUAGCGCGGGUGAAGCUACUGUCAAGCCAGACUCGUGCUUCAGAAUCCCCUGGCCCGCCCAGCUCACCCAGCCAGGACCCUCUGCCACCACAUGUUCCAAGCCCCGCUGUCCAGGCUGAGGAUGACCCAGGGCAGGAAGAGGCCAUUACCACCAUCCAGUCUGUCCUCCGGGCACACCUGGCACGUGUCGGGCACAGUGCCUCCAGCCCGAGAACCGCUGCAGCAGCUUCUAGGAGGAGGAGUCCCGCUCUGGCCAGCCCCUGCCAGCUGCCGGCUGCGCCCUGCCCUGCUUCUCCUGGUCAGGAGGACAGCGACACGAGCAGCGGGGAGAUCGUGGAGGGGCCGGCGGCUGAGGACGAGGCACCAGGGCCGUGGGGGCCAGGGAAGCCAGCAGCCCUGCCGCCCUGCUCUGGGCCGCCCUCCCCCUCAGGACCACGACCCCAGCCCCAGCCCACGGAGCCUCUGCCCGCAGAUGACAGCAGCUCGGAUGACUCAGAUGAGAUUGUCGUGGCUCCUGUGCUGCCCACGAGGAAGGCCACCGCCCCACCGUAGGCCCCAGCCCUGGGUCCUCGCGCGGUGCUGGCUCUGCCGGGGAGCUCAGGGUUUUGAGGACGAGGUGCGCUCCAGAGGACGUAGUGACCAGAAUUAGAAAGUGAUUUAUCCCCUUAGGCAAGAACUACCUAGUCCACAGCUCAGCACUCCCUUGGGCUUUUCUCUUCGGUGUGGUUUUGCCACCUGUGUGGUUGUUUGUGUAGGAAUCCUGAAGCCUUUGCUUCAUGUCUGGGCUGGUUUUCAGGGUCAGCCGGAUAGACAUGUGUGUCCGGGAUGGGGGCAGCCACGAGCCGGGCAAACACACGCUCCGGGUGGUGGCUUCCUGGCUGCCGUUGGCCUUGAGCUGGGAAGAGCGGCUCCACAGUACCUCCUUCUGCCUGCCAGCAUCUUCUCCGACACCACGUGCCCCGACCUCCACCCAGUAAGUAGGUCAGGCUGGACAUGCCGGGGCCAUGCCUUCCGGAAGAGAGGGACGUGACCAGCCUGUGCAUGGCAGGCUCUCCCCACCCCCAUGACGGGACAUGAAGAUGUCAGGGCCCCAAGAUAGGCUUGGGCUCCUCGGGCUGCUCCUUCCUGUGCCUCUCCACACAGACCCUCAUCUGCCAUCGUCCCCACCUCCCCGGGGCGCUGUCCCCAUGAGCUGCUAUGCCCAGGAGGAAGUCUGGUGGAAUUUUGAGACUUCCAGGGGGGCCAGCUGUCCCCAGGGCCUGAGGAAGGGGCAGCGGGGAGCCCGCGAGCCCUUGCUGCGUAUGCAUCCCAGCUCCAUGGCCCGGCCUCUGCUGCACCAAGCUCACUCAGAAGCUGAGUCUUGCCCGUUGUUUGCGAGAUCAGCCCUUGCUGAUGGUGACAUGGAGAGCCUCUGGCUUGGGUGGCAUUUCAAGAGUCUCUAGACCCCCAUGUCCCCGAGGUCAAGUGUCUGACGUUAGAAAUCUCGCUCUUGCUGGGACCGAGGGUAGCCCCUGGAGCCCUUCUGAGGUCGCCCCUGGAGGAGCAUGAUGGUCUCCUUGGGGAACCUCAGGCCAUCCUCCCCGUGGUCAGGAAGCUUCCAGCUCCCGCACCAGCUAGGCAUGUGGCGGGGGGCGCUCUGCAUCGCCAUCCCCCGGUGGGAGGGGUCUCCUCAGCUAGGUUCCGUUCCCACAGCGGGUCGAGAAAAAUUCAGCUGGAACACUUGAUUGUUCAGCUUUUCUUCUUUGUUCGGUCAUGGGCUGCUGCCUCGUCUAUUCUUUUCUCUUUUUCUCCCACUGGACUGAUUGGUAACUUGACUGAAUCUUGCCGGCCCUGGCUUGUGGCGUCUAUGGGGUGCGCUCCCCGGGGACUGGACCACCCUUGCGGGGAGCAGGCUCGGAGCUCAGGGGCCGGUCGAGCACCGGGGGUGAUGAAGGUGGGGCCCGCGGCCGUUAGUUCCCAGGACACAGCUCCCGCCCCUCAUGCAAACAACGGCCUUCCUGCCCACUCUUCACUCUGAGGAGCCGUGGCCUCAGGGGCUCAGGUGAAGGGGACAUCCCUGCCUCGGGUCCAGAGAACCAGGCCUGCUUGGGAGAAGGGCAGGGGCGGCUGCGCGCGGCGUUCGGGCUGGCCUGUGCGCCAUGGCCAGAGGGGCCUGGCCGGCGGGCGGGGCUGAGAAGACAAGGUCAGCCCCUGUACUUGGGGUUUUCCAAGGAAAUACCACAGAGAACUGUGAAUGUGUACACUUGUCUAUGCACUUGGGUGCAACGCUGUUGAUCUAUUAAAAACCAACAGUCUCAAAGCUGCCUCGGUCACUGAUGUGCCUCCAGGCUGUGACUGGAGCUGAUGUCCACCACACACAGCCUCUGCGAGGUGGCCUGCCCCACGGCUCUGUCACCCCGCAGGUCCCGUGGAGAACCCCGGGCACCGGCGCACUUGCAGGGCCUGGGUAUGGGGCUGGGGCUCCGCGGCUGCAGAGGGGCCCUGAGGAACUGCGGCUGCUGUGUCACUCACCCCGGGGCCAGUCCCCGCUGAGGCCCACGAGACAGAGGGGAAGGGGAUUCAGCCAGAAAGCCCUGAGCACCCCAGAGACACAGGUCACUGCCCUUCUGGGGGGAGGCCCGGGGGUCUGCAUGGCUCACGUUACCCUGGUUGUCAUGGCACCUGUACGUCAGCCAGGACCCCCAGCAGCAGAACCAUUUACCGUCAGUCUGUGUAGGUAGCU